AUGUAUAUGGAAGAGUUCAACAACACCAUGCUCACCAAUGUGCCAGGGAUGGCAUCGAUGAUUAAGCACGCAGGUCGGGCUAUGGUGGAGAGAAAGAUAUGCGGCUCGAUUGUCUACACUGAAACUGUGGUAGUGGCCUUGGGUGGCUCUGCUCCUCGUACAUACACCACUUCUAAGCACGCAUUGGUGGGGCUGGUCCAGUUAGCCUGUAGUGAGCUGGGGGCUCAUGGCAUUAGGGUCAACUGCAUCUCCCCUUUUGGAGUCACUACCCCAUUGGCCUGCAACUUGAAGGGCACUGUGUUAAAGCCCGCCCAUAUAGCAGAGGCUGCUCUGUUUCUUGCUUCAGAUGAAGUAGAUGGAGGAUUCACAGAAAAUUUGGAUUUGGGGAGUUAG